GGGUGACAUAUGAUUAUUGAUCAAUGAAUGACCCACUUUCGUUUCGCAGUAUUUUUUAUUCAAGUGUAGCAACAUCGAUUACUGAUUGUGCAGAAGAAAAAACAAUGGUGUGAUUCCAGAUUUUUAUUUAUAAUAUCGACACAACCCUGCAAUACAACUUUCCAAAAUCUUCCUAAAGACUGUUUACUUUAGAUUAUAUUUUUUUAGUUAUAAAGACAGUUUGGGGUAGCAUUCAAAUGAAGAUGUCCACACAGCGAGAGAGAAUCAAAAGACGGAAUUAGCUAUUUAUUUAUUAAUUAGUUGAUUAGCAUAGUCCAUAUUAUUUUUGUAGUUAAUUUGAUUCAUUAUAUUCUUAUUGUAUAUGAAAUGAUUUUAUCAUAACAAUUUUGAGAUUCUAAGAUAUUUAUUCAAUUUUGAUUUAUCACAAUGAAUAAUAAAAUAGUAUCUGAUACUGUCUGAACCUUUGAUGGACCAAUAUGGACAAUAUGGCGUCAAAUGUUACAUUGAGAAACAGCAAACAAAGAAAAGAGAACCUCAUUACGAGGAAGCAAGACAAAAGUCCGGAAAAGACAAUCAGAGGCACGAGAGGAGCUUAUCGGGGAAUCCCGUCGACAUCGAAGAGGGGGGAGGAUGAUGAUGCUACAGGCUCUACGGAAAGACUGGAUAGACCAAAGAAAUUCAUCUCUCAGAAAAGCAAUUAUGGACUAGCAAAGAGACCGGACUUUUCACUGAAGAACAGGAAUGUGCAUUUAACUUCUCGAUAUGGGCAGAUGACACCUGGGUUGCACGGGCACAGCCACCAGAUCUCACAGCCGCCGCACCACCUCGAGCCCGCUACCGUAGCGAAAGAAAAGACCGUGCAUGGCAAGGAGAAGACAUUUAAAGUGGUGGUAGGCAGCGAAGUAGGCGUGAUGAAGGCGCCAGUACUCCGACCGCCCGCGUACAACGCCCUGGCCAUCAUCCACACGCAGCAGAGCAACACCUUCGACAUGCUCAAUUCUUUAACUACCAGCGUGGCCAGCCAACCAGUGGUGGGCGUGGGUGUAGGCGUAGGAGGAUAUAGGCGCCGUAGUUCUGGUCAAGGUCCCUUAUGCGACCCAGAACUAGACGACAGCGGGAAUAAGCUGGUCGCCAGGCUCGAGGACGACGCCUUCAUCUCUGAGCAGGACCUGGAAGAAAAUAUCGAGAUAGCGACCGCCACGGAGAAGGGGAUUCCACCAGCUGACGAUUCGGGGGAGGCGCAGUCCCAAGAACCGCAAAAUGAUAAACUUGAGCUGCAGAAGGAUAUGAAGGCAGACAAAGAGGAUGAGGAGGAACCAAUAGGAGUUUCACCUUGCGGCAGGUUUUUCAAAUACGACAAGGAAGUGGGCCGCGGUUCGUUCAAGACCGUUUACCAUGGGCUUGACACGCAGACUGGCGUCGCCGUCGCCUGGUGCGAGUUAUUGGAGAAAAAGUUGAACAAAACGGAGCGUUUGAGGUUUCGAGAGGAAGCCGAUAUGCUGAAGAAACUCCAACAUCCUAACAUCGUACGGUUCUACAACUACUGGGAAGGAACCGUGGCUAAGAAGAAGAAUAUUGUCCUCAUUACUGAACUGAUGUUGUCUGGUACAUUGAAAGCAUAUCUCCGUCGCUUCAAGCGCAUCAACCCCAAGGUCCUGAAGUCGUGGUGCCGGCAGAUCCUCAAAGGGUUAAACUUCCUGCACUCGCGCACGCCGCCCAUCAUACACAGAGAUCUGAAGUGCGAUAACAUUUUCAUUACUGGAACCACCGGCAGCGUCAAGAUAGGUGAUCUGGGGUUGGCGACGUUGAAAAACAGAAGUUUCGCCAAGUCUGUCAUUGGCACUCCCGAGUUUAUGGCGCCGGAAAUGUACGAGGAACAUUACGACGAAUCCGUGGACGUUUACGCAUUCGGCAUGUGCAUGCUGGAGAUGGCUACAGGGGAAUACCCGUACAGCGAGUGCUCGGGGCCAGCGCAGAUAUACAAGAAGGUGGUUUCGGGCGUGAAACCGCAGAGCUUAGAAAAGGUCACUAUACCUGAAGUUCGGGAUAUCAUCGAGUCCUGCAUCAAGCCAAAUAAAGGGGAAAGGCCGAUGGUGAAAGAUCUUUUGAACCACGAGUUUUUCGGCGAAGACAUCGGUUUGCGACUGGAAAUAGUGGGGCGGGACCUCGUUACAAGUUCUGAUAUCACCAAAAUACAGUUCCGCCUAAAAAUCAUCGACCCAAAGAAAAGGUCGUACACCCACAAAGAGAAUGAGGCGAUACAAUUUGAAUUCGACAUCGAACAUGAUGACUGUGAAGAAGUAGCCAACGACAUGGCUAAAGCCGGCCUCAUAAUGGAGGAAGAUGCGCGGAUAGUCUUCAAACUGCUCAAGUCACAACUCAUCAGCCUUAAUCGGGAGAGGAGUGAGAAGAAGGCGCAGAUGCUAUUCAACCAAGAUAUCAUCAACGAACAGAAUCUCCUAUUAGAACAACAACUAAUGCAGGUAAAGAUGAUGCAGAACCAACAGCAGGCGGGUCCUGGCGAGCAGGUGAAGGCUGGCCUGCUAAACGGCGUUGGACCACAGCCAACUCUCUCAGCAGUUCAGUUGGACCAGCAGUCUCAACUGCUGCAAGCGCAACAGCAGCUGCUGCAGCACCAAUUCCAGCUCAACAAGGAGGAGGCGACCCGCAAACUGCUGCAGCACAACCUCAUGCAUGAUCAGCACCUGUUAGACCACACUAUGCAGCAUCAGGUAAUGAUGGAGCAGAACCUUCUGAACCAUCAGAUGUACAAGCACAGCGUCCAGGGCCAGAUGAUGGAGCAGCAAGUCCAGCAGAACUAUCUAGAAGUAAACCCAUCGCAGUCCCAACUCCAACCGACGCUUCUAAACCAAGAACUAUCAGCCGAAAUCAACAACCAGAACCAUGUGUUACAACAGCAAAUCAUCCAGCAACAACAGAACAUUAUCGCCCAACAAGCGGCCGCGAUACAGCAGAAGCAGUUGGAAGACCAUUUAAACCAAGAGAACAUGAUUGCCGCACCCCAGAAUCUCGUCUCGAAUCAAGUACUGGACCCGUCUUUACAGAAUCUUCAGACCAUUCUCACGCAGAUCAUUCACAGGCCGGACAAUUUGCAACCAAGAAAGGAGUCUGAAUCUGAAGCUCAGCAAUCCCAGCAACAGCCCAUGCAAAUGAUGAACCAGCAAGAGAACAUAGACCAGCAGCAGCAAGAAGAGAUGAAGCAAAGAAUGCAGAACCUAAUAGGCGCCCAAUUCCAACAGCAGAAUCUUAACUUCCAGCAAACGCAGCAAUUCGUACCGCCUAUUCUAGAUCCCACAUUUUUAGCUCAGCAACAACAAAUGGCACAAGCGCAGCAGCAAUUAUCGCAAGCUCAGCAACAACUCAACCUCCAGAAACAAAUGCUCACCCAGCAACAGUUAGUUCUUCAACAGCAGAUACUGAAUCAACAACACAUGCAAAUGCCAGGGCAGACUUUAUCCCCUCAGCACAUAAGGAAUCUCCAGCAGCAGCAAUAUCUGGCUCAGCAGGAGUUGCAGCUGCAGUCCCAGCAGAACUUUAUCGAUCAGCAGAAUUUCGCUUUAUUCGCGCAGAAACAGCAACUUAUGGGGCAGCAUCAACAAAAAGUCGAUGAGAUAUUGCGGUCUCAAAGACCUAUGUAUACGCGCCAGGGUUCUGAACAGAGUCAAGUCAGUUCCGUGGACGUGCAUGACCAACAGUUGCCUGAUUACCAGCAAAAACUACCGCUGCAACAACAGAUGUCUAUAGACCAGAUGCAGUACCAAAACCAAUUGCAAAACCAAAUUCAUAAACAGCAGUCUGUCCAAUCGGAGGAACAUACAUACCAUCCUCCAAUGCAUGCGAUGCAAGGACAGUCUCUCCCCCAUAAUAUGGUGGCUCAGAACUUUGGCGUUGUGCAGCAAAAUGAGCGGCAGAUUUCUAGUCAUGAAGGCACCCCGGUGCAGAAUUUCACCGCCAACCCCCUGCAAAUGUACCAACAAGCUCAGAGCCAACCUAUGCAGCCUAUCAUGCAGAACGUUCAAUACCAAAUGGAGACGGCUAUAGCUUCGACGGCUCCGCAAAACGUGUCUCAGUCGAUGCCGCAAGAAGUCCAAAUGCCAUCCGCUCAACCGGUCACUCCUAUACCACAAGCUAUCCAAUCUGUCGCCCAACCAGUCCAGUCGAUGGCUCAGCCCGUAUCGACUGUGCAACAACCUGUUUCACAACCAUUACCAACUACUCAACCAAUUCAGACUAUUUCCCAACCAAUUUCGACAGUACCGGCUCAAAUUGUGUCUCAGAACGUACAAGCACAAACGCAAAUGUCAGAUUCUGUUCCGCAGCAGUUGAACUUGAGUCAGGAACAUUUAGAGAACGGUUAUUCGUCUAACGGCCACAAGGAACAGUUCCAUACGCCGAUGAGUGAGUUUCCGUCUGGCGCGACGCAUACGGAGGCGAUAAAACAACCGGAGUUGAGCUCUGUGGAGGAGAAGCAAGCUGAAACCCAAGAAGCUGGCACGGCGAUACCGUCCCCUAUUUCUGGGGAGAAAAAGUCCCGGGGCUCCAAGAAGCGGUCCCGGGAGAAGGAUAAACUGCCCAAACUCACAGUCCUAGAAGUGAAUGAGACUGAAAACGUGGUGGAAUGCCAGCUCGACUCCAAGUCUAAAACGGUCACCUUCAAAUUCGACAUCACUGAUGUCAACCCUGAAGAGAUUGCAAGCAAUUUGGUAUCAAACAACCUGUUACCCGAAUGGCAGAGUGCCGCAUUCACCGAACUAAUUAGGGACAUAGUGGGGCAGGUUCUCGCCAAUCCUGGCGUGACACCAGUCGUCAACGUGCCCCAUACCUCGCUGCCUCUCAACCUGGACAAGACUGACUACGACUCCGAAACGACGGAACGCGAGGAGAACCUGACCGAUUCAAACCAGGACAACUCUGAAUGUACGACGCCGACCGCCAGUCACGAUAACAUCGCCGCGGAGUUGGCUUACGAUGCUCCAGAACCCGCAACGGCUCCCGCUCCCGCUCAAGCGACCGCUCAAGCGCCCGCUUCAGCUCCUAGGGUCGUGCCGUCAGCCCCCGCCUUACCUAGGAAGAUCAGCACCGCGUCGUCUAUAGGUUCAAAUCAAUCAGACGGCGGGUCAGGUUUAGCGCCCGAACGUUCUGGUAGCACGGAGUCUCAGAGCAGCGACAAGAAGAACCAGAAGCCCACGCGCAAGAUCUCGCGGUUCCUCGUCAGCCCAGUAGUGGACAGAGGACAGGAGCCUGAAGACCAGGAGAAGAAGGAACCUGUCGUCCAAGACGAUGCAGCCAACUUACCAACACCAGUGCCACAGGAGGUGCCAACACACCAAUACCCGUCGGCAUCAAGCGCGGCUCCAUCACAAGCGAUAGCGGAAGCUCCUCGGCCGGAGCCGCAGGAGAACUGCCUCCCCCAGCCCGCGGAACAACCGCUACCCCCAUUAUCUAGUCUCACCACCCCCCUGCAGAUCUCUACCGACCCUGGAUUACUGGGCGUCCGGUCCCGCGCUAGCCUCGUGCUAGGCGGCGGUUUGACCGCGGGCGGCAGCGCGGACGGCACUCGAGCCCCCACUGCGGUGCCCACGCCACACACUCCUGCGCACCUAGCCAACGCCGACAACAUAAACCGGAUGCUGCUCAAGCAGAAUAUUAUCAACCAGCAACAGAAUCUGACGGGGCCCAAUCUGCUGGGAUUACUGAACCAGCCCCAGUUCCCGCAGCCUGACUUGGGUACUAUGGGUCUACACAACGCAGCAUUAGCCGCCCAACCUGGCCUGCCGCCGCAGUAUCAGCCGCAGAACUACUACCAACCGAUGCUGGCAACCGCCAACGAUUUCAUUGCGCAACAGCAAGCAUUACAAUCGUCAGUGAGUCAACUUGCCGGCAACCAGAUCGGACCGGCGUUUGGUCUCGGACUGGGGCUGGGCGCUCCGCUACAACAGAAUAUAGGGCUUACGGCGCCUGCCUUGGGGCUGCAGCAACAGAACAUCGGCCUAGCGCAGAACCUCGGCUUCAACCAGAACCUGAUGACGCAGAACUUGGGACAGAACUUAGGUCUAUCAAGUCAAAACUUAGGAUUAGGCAGUCAGAAUCUCAUAGGGAGCCAGAAUCUGUCGCUGGGCGGUCAGAACCUCGGCUUGAUGGGCCAGAACCUGGGCCAGCUGGUGGCCCACCGCGCAGUGCACCACGCGCUGGCCAGGCGAGCCGCCGACAUGGAAGUGGCUAAUAUGACAAAUGUUAACUCGACGGGGUCCUCGCAGCCCAGCACGCCCAACAAAAGCCAGUCCUACAACGAGUACAUGCUCACACUGCAACACAAACUCGCCUCUAUCUCCAAUAGCGGCCCCGUGUCACCGCAGUCCCCACUAGAGUACAGUCCCGCACUAUCACCUACGCACCGACCGUUACACACACUAGCGAAGGCCGAAGGUGUUGAGGGGCCAGAAGGGGGUGCGGGUAGACACGUGGCCCAGCUGGCAGCACUCGACCAUGAGCUCAGCAAGAUCAGCCUGCACUAUAAGCAUGCGCCGAAGGACGUUUUCAUAGAUCACAACGCUGAACAACACGAUAUGCUCGCAGCUAACGACGACAGCCAAGUCAACACAUACGAUGAUCUAUCAGCAGAAUGGGAGGGUGGUGUAGAAGGCGGCACUUACCGCGUGUCUCGCUGCGCCCCUUGCCGCGGGUAUACGUUAUGUAGGCUGCUGCCCGCACACGCGAAAGAGAAACUCGAUCUCUCGAACUCCGCGCCGUACGAGGAAGGCGACGCGGAAGGCACCGACGGCGCCGAAGGAAACCUGGACUCUGUGUCGUGCGAUAUGUCAGAAGGCGCUGAUACUUACGUGAUAACGGAUCGCCGCACGCCCGCCUAUCUCGUGACCGCGGCUCUAGCUACGCAGCCCGCCCUUAUCAUGGACCCCACCAGAGGGCAGCAGGCGGAAUCGCCGAAGCAGCCGCCUGUGGAGAUUCGUUCUCCUGACAACCAGGAAACCAGUUUCCUGGUGGUGGAUUCGGCCCGGUCGUUGACCUGCACGGUGCUGUCCCCGGAUCUGCCCCUACACAGGGACCCCGCCUUCCGCCCCUAUCCGCCUACGCCUUCUACGCCCGUUGCACAUAAUCCGCCACAGGGCGCAGAGAUCGUAAGCGCAGUAGAAGAACUCCUCAAGUGGCGGUCGUCAGAACUAACUGCGACGGACGGGUGGCGAGAGGGGGCUCUACUAACCCCUCCCGCGUCCGCGUCCGCUUCCGCCACCGCUUGUACCACCGCCCCCGCCUCCGCUGCGCUCACAGACGGCCACGGCCUCAGGGCCGACGCGGUCGUGCAACACACACUUACCGACAGAGUCUGGUGCCGGCACGUGGUGCUCAUCUCGUUGCAGCCGGUGCAGUUAUGACAUGUGUAGCGAUUCACCUUGUACCUUAUAUUUAUUACGUACCGUGUAAUAUAUACUAUAUCAUUACUCGUAAAUAAAAUAUUCAUAUGUGAUAUCUAGAGAA